AUGUCGAAUCUCGGUGCUUUUGGAUCAAGCGAUUAUGCUGCAGCCACCUCUAGCACCCCGAUCAAUCCAGUUACAGGGGAACCUGCUGUUUCUUCUCAAGAUUCUCAAAUUGAAGAAGUUUCAACAUUAUUUAGAUCAACCAAUUUUCAAGAUCAUACAAAUGCGCUUAAAAUUCUUUUAGCAUUAAUGUCUAAAGGUAUAGAUGUUGUUCAGUUCGCUCCUUUUGUCGUACAGCAAGUUGGAGCUCAAGAUCCAAACGCCAGACAACUUGCAUACGUCUACUUAAAUCAUUACGCGGACGAAGCGCCAGAGGAAGUUAUUCUUUCAGUCAAUACUUUCCAGAGGUGCUUAACAGACUCGGAUCCUAUUUGCAGAGCUUUGGCUGUAAAAGUUAUGUCGUCAAUUAGAUCCCGUGAAGUACUUCCGCACAUUCAGGAAGCUGUUUCGCAGGUCAUUGGUGACCCUUCGCCUUACGUAAAGAAAGCAGCUGCUUACGCAAUGGUAAAAGCUGCAGAAUUAAUAGAAGACCCUUCAGAGACAGAAGUUUAUCUUCCAUUACUUCAGAGACUGCUUGGUGAUCAAAAUCCGAUAGCUUUCUCUGGUGCAAUUUGCGCCUAUUUAUAUCUUUGCCCUAAUAAUAUUGAUUUAAUACAUACACACUUCCGCUCGAUCUGCCAGAACAUCUCAAAGAUCGACGCAUGGGGACAGCUGUUCACUCUUCGUGCUCUAACGAUUUACGCGAGAUAUUGUUUUAAGAACCCAGAAACUCUCGACGAAGAAGAUGUCGGUGCUUUCUGGGAUGAUGCAGGAUCUAAGGAUUCUAUAUCAGCCGACCAUCUCCUUCUUAUUCAUACAGCAAAGAAAUUAUUAUCUUCACCAAACAACGCAGUCGUAACAGCAGCCACGCAAUUACUAUUCUACUGUGCACCGCCAUCCCAUAUAUCAUCAGUGGCCCGCCCAAUGGUCAGAAUGCUCUACGAUACACAGAUUAUGUCUCAAUUAGCACUUACUUCGAUUCUUACCAUCGCUACUGUGCACAACCAUAUAUUUGUGCCCCAUCUCAACCACUUCUUCAUCAGACGAAACGAUAUUACCGCUGUCAGAAACCUUAAAUUAUGUGUACUUGCACUUCUUGCCUCCCAGUCGAAUGCCGACAUGAUACUUGGAGAACUCUCGACCUAUACAAACAGCGAUGAUACAGAAUUUGCUGCAAAUGCAGUAAAGACGAUGGGAAAGACCGCCAUGGUCAACGAAUUGAUCAUUCCUGCUUGCCUUCUCAGCCUCCUUCGCCUUAUGAGUCGCAGCGAAGGCCCAGUUCUCUCAGAAGUCGUGUUAGUUAUCGCACAUCUUCUCCGCAAGCGCAGAAACACAGAAGACGAGCUCCACGCGCUCAAAUCCCUUGCCAGGAAGUUCAUAGAAGUCAAAGAACCAUCAGCACGUGCAGCAGUUCUCUCAAUUGUCGGAGAUAUGUACGAAACAUACCCAGAAUUCGCUCCACAGCUUCUCAGAUACGUUGCACAGAACUUCUCAGACGAACCCGGCGAAGUACGUCUUCAAGCUCUUACUUUAGCCGCCAAAUUACUCGCAUGUGGUGCAGAUCAAGCCAUUCCUAUGUACGUUCUUCGCAUUGGCGAGAGAGACAGCGAGUUCGACAUCAGAGACCGCGCUCACUUCCUUCUUUCCAUACUUGCAAGCAAAUGCAGUGAUAUCGUGAAAAACAUGAAGUCCCUUUUAUUCCCAACACGCACUGCACCAACAUGGACCAUCACAGACGCCGGAGUUUCAGAGUUCCAGCUCGGAACGUUCUCCCACUUUUUCAAUCGCGCUGUUACAGGUUACGAUCCACUUCCUGACUGGGCUGACGAAGAGACACUUCCGCCGGAAUCAGUCAGGACACCGCCGGAGGGGGAGGAGGAUGGAAACGCUUUCUCUGGUGGAAAAGAGGUCGGACUCGCAGAUUUCUUCUCUGGAGACGAUGGAAACGAGGAAGAGGACUACUACAGCGAUGGAGAUUACUAUGAAGAAGACGAAGAGGAUGAUGUUGAUCAGAACGACGCUUUCUUCGCAAAUUAA